AUGGUUUCUGCGAUAUAUAUCCUACAUUAUGAAUCCGAAGAGGGCUACAAUAUCAACAACAAUGCCAUAAGCAAUAGUGAUAGUUAUAAACAUUAUGAUAACAAUGAUAAACUUGGAGAUGUAUCGUUCUUCCAAUGUUUAACGAGUCGGCGAUAUCGAGGAAACUGUAUGCCAGAUGAUAUAUCUAUACUAAAUGCUUUUUAUCACCAACUCACAUCUCUCGAGGAACAAGAACACUACCCGGUACUUUACAUCAAGAACUUUUCAUACAUUUAUAUACGAUGUGAGAAUGGUAUCAUUCUAUUGGCAAUAGCAAAUGCAAAUGAGAAUGUGAUGCAGGUCAUUAUGUUUUUGAAAAGUUUUCAGUUGAUAUUGAUACACUACUUGUGCAAGGGAAAAGGUGACAGCAAAUUAUUGACUAGGGAGAAAAUUUUGGAUAAUAUAAUUAUCAUAUCCGAGUUGUUGGAUGAAUGCUUGGACUUUGGAAUCUUGCAAAUUACAGAUUAUAAAUUACUUGAGGAGUAUAUCAAGGCAGAGCCCAAUGUACCUAAGAUUUCUUCUCAUAAAGAGAAUAGUUACGAGUCAUCUUCUAGUUCUUCUUCUUCUGAGUAUGACUCAGACGAUGAAGAAGGAUUGCAAAAGCUAAAUAAUAGCAACACAACUAUGUACAAACAUGGAAACAAGAAUAAGCUCAAAAAUAAGACAAAGACUAAUAGUAAGAACAAGAACAAGAAUAAGAAUAAGAAUAAGAGCAAGAAUAGCAAGCAUAAAAAAGAUAUCAAGUCCACUCAUAAUCAAGCGGUGCAUAAAGAUGUUUUGUCUGAUAAAGCCGAUAUUGUCAAUAGUUCUAUUUUGCGAACUUACUCUCUGGCCAUUAAUUGGAGACCUAAGGGGAUAUUCUACGCAAAAAACGAGAUAUUUGUUGAUAUUAUAGAAGAUUGUGAAUUCGUGUAUGAUUUGGCUACCCAAUCUAUAAAGCGAAAUGAAAUCUAUGGCACCUGUGUUGUUAAGUCGUAUUUGUCUGGUAUACCCAUAUGUCGACUUGGUUUUAAUGAAGAUUACAUGACAUCAAUCCGCAAUGAGGACAAGGAGGCGGUAAUUGAAAAAUUUUCUCGCACAGACUCGCCGUUGCCCGAAAAUCAACUAUCGGAUGAAGCAGGCUCAACAAUAGAUGAGACAGAAGAAGAAAUUUUGUCUGAUACUGAGGCUAAUAACCCAUUUGUGCCUCACGAUGGUGUCAACAGCCCACUAAAAGAGUAUAACACCGAUGAGAAGGCAAAUCCAAUUACAAAUAGAAAUACAAAUCCAAAUCCAAGUACAAAUCCAAAUACUCAUGUUAGUACUGGUGCCGAUACAAAUACAAUCUCGAGUUCACAGGGAAAUGGAAAGAAGCCCAAGCACGUGUUUCCAAUACGUAAUAUACAGUUCCAUCAGUGUAUUGAGCUUGCCAAGAUCUACAGAGACAAUAUAAUGACGUUUAUUCCGCCGGAUGACAAGUUUAUUUUAAUGACAUUCAAUGUUGAGCAGCAGAAAAAUAGAAAAAAACAACCAUUGAUUAUGAUCAAUCCAAUGUUCAAAGUUGUAAAGCAAGAUGGUGUUCUUCAAAUCAUGUGCACACUAUCAACAAACUUUCCUAGAAGACGGCAUUGUAGAAGUUUGUUGGUUAAGAUCCCAAUCAAUCCCUUUUUAUUUGAGUUGAAUUUGAAUAAAACGGAUUUGAAAUACAAAACUGAUUACGGAGAGGUAACUUUAAAAGUUGACACUAUGGAUAUAAUAUGGAAAAUUGAUACCAUAGAUGGGAAACAAACAGCGCGGAUGAUGUGUGAACUAGCAUUGCUCAAUGUUGAUAAUAUAACAAGCAUGAAAAUAAGUGACUUUGUUAACCGACGCGUUAGCAAGAUAGAUCUACUAAAUGGCGGGAACAGUUUUGAAGAGCUCAAUCCAGAAGAUGAAGCGAUGCAUGAACUCGAUGAUUUCUACGGUGUUAAUGGCCAUUUGUCAACCUCGGCAAGAAAGCAUUUAUUAGAAAAGAUCAAAAAGGAUUUUGUUAGUGAUGACAUUCAGAUGACAUUCAAAAUUCCCAUGUACACAUACUCUGGUCUAAAGCUCACAUACUUGUCUGUUGAAGAAGAGCAGAUGAAGUACCCUUGUUUUCCUUGGAUUCGAUAUUUGACCAAGAGCGUCGACUCGUUUGGGCAACAAAAACUACCCGAUUCUGACCGCUUCAAUGGGCAAAACUGUAGUUACCGGUUCAAGCUUGGUCUCAAUUCCUUUGCAGUUACUUGA